UUUGCAAGUGAGUACUGCAGGACGAUAACAAGGGGGCGGCCGCCCGCCCAAUCGGCGAGUAUAUAAGCCGCCGCCAGGACAUCUCCGGCACAUCGCACCACAACCGACACACCGGUAGCUCCUAUCUCUCACUCCUUCGCUAACAGGUCAUCAGAACAACGAUGCGUGGAGCCGGCGGAGCGCUGGCCGUGGCCGUAGCCGCGCUGCUUGUCUGUUGUAGUGCUGAUCCUCAUCAGGAAUCGGAAGUGAGUGGUAGCGAACACAACUCCGCAGACCGCUACGAUGCCGGUCACAAGUCUCGAAACCUAGAUCCUCUGGGCAGCGGCAAUUUGGUGCGAGAGGUACGAGAGAUACGCGAUGCCCGCCACUUCAUACCCUAUCUUUUAUCCAGACGUUAUGAAUAUGCGAGCCCUUACGGCGGCAACGGCAAACGUGAAUAUUGGCCUCUAUCACCCGUCCAGUAUGGUGGAUAUUACGCUGAUGGCCUUCCCAAGCGCAAUUUCGAUGAGAUAGACAGGUCCGGGCUCGACAACUUCGUGAAGAAAAGGAACUUCGAUGAAAUCGACCAGACUUCAAUGCCGUUCCCGUAUGCUACCAAGCGUUUCUACCGCUUCGGACCCAACUACCUUGACAUUGAUUCACCAGUUUCAAGUUUCGACAAGAAGCGAUACAGACUGGACUUCCCCAUGGACGAGAUUGACCUAUCCCAUUUCCCCAUCGGCUCCAAGAGAUCGCAAGACAGUUUUCGACCCAUGAAUUAAUUUAGGGACCUAGACAAAAUAUUGCUGCCACUGUUUAUAUCAAGAUUUAUAGGUGUUAAUAAUUAUGAAUGUUGCCAGUUUAAAAAACGCUUCUCUUCCCAACAACUACAUUUAAAUGUAUGUACUUAUUAGUCCAACAGUAUUAUUACAUAUGUUUGUUAAACCCUUCACCUAGUGGUCAUGAAGCAGGGUUUAUUCUGCAAGGUAAAACUCAAUCUUUGUUCCUUAGAUCGAUUUCUUGAAAACUAUUCGAACUUUUAUAAACUUGGUAUUACGUUUAGUAAUGUAAAUUUGAGAUACUCGAAAUUUAGAUAUUAAAUUUAAUUAACUUUAAGGAGGGAGAGGUUUAGAAUAUUUAAAUGUUAUAUUGAUAUUAUCAGAACAACAAUUUAUUAAGACGAUUAAUAUAUACAUGUAAGUUUUAAUGUUUUGUGAUUUAAGAUGCAUAUUUAAUUUAUUUUUAAUAGAUAAUUAUAUUGAUAAUUAAUAAAAGACUAUGAAUCUUCUUAA